CUCGGCGUCGCUUAGAGUAACAAACAUCAACUCCCAGUCGUUGAGUGGACUCCGUAGUGUGAGGGUGAACACAGACCGGCCGAAGGAAAAUGUGGCAAUCAAGAUACCGGUACAUCUUUCUCUUCGUAGCUUUAUUGCUCGCAGGGAGUGCUAAAGCUGAAGAUGAUGCAGAAACUGUGGAACAAGAUCUGGGUGCUGGCAUGGAGGGUUCACGGACAGAUGACAACGUAGUGGCCAGGGAAGAGGAGGCUAUAAAGUUGGAUGGUCUCAAUGUGGCACAGAUAAAGGAGAUGAGAGAAAAGGCUGAAAAGCAUGUCUUCCAGGCAGAAGUGAAUCGUAUGAUGAAGUUGAUCAUAAAUUCAUUAUACAGAAACAAGGAGAUCUUCCUCCGAGAACUUAUCAGCAACGCCUCUGAUGCUUUGGAUAAGAUCCGUUUACUCUCGCUGACUGAUAAAGAACAACUUGAAACAAACCCAGAGUUGGUGAUAAGAAUUAAAGCUGAUAAAGACAACCAUAUCCUUCACAUCACUGACACUGGUAUUGGAAUGACCAAGUUAGACCUUGUCAAUAAUUUGGGUACCAUUGCCAAAUCGGGAACUUCGGAAUUCUUCUCAAAACUUCAGGAAUCGGAGAGUGCUGAUCAGGCAGGAGACCUAAUUGGACAAUUCGGUGUUGGUUUCUACUCCGCAUUCCUUGUUGCGGACAGUGUAGUAGUGACAAGUAAACACAACUCGGACAAACAGCAUAUUUGGGAGUCUGAUUCAGCAGAGUUCUCGGUUGUGGAAGACCCUCGUGGAGACACUCUUAAGAGAGGGACAACGGUCUCGCUACACUUGAAGGAAGAAGCUUAUGACUUUGUUGAGGUAGAUACUGUGAAGAAUUUGGUGAAGAAGUAUUCACAGUUCAUUAACUUCCCUAUUUACCUAUGGGAGUCAAAAACUGAAGAGGUGGAAGAGCCUCUUGAUGAAGAUGAGGCAGAGCCAGAGGAUAAGAUUGAGGAGGAUGAAGACGGAAAGGUAGAAGAGGAGAAAGAAGACAAGCCCAAGACCAAGAAAGUUUCUAAAACUACUUGGGAUUGGACACUUGUGAAUGAUGCCAAACCUAUCUGGACAAGGAAACCUGCAGAUAUUGAGGAUUCUGAGUAUGAUGAAUUUUACAAGACUCUCAGCAAGGAUUCAAAAGAACCUCUUGCAAAGACCCACUUUGUUGCUGAGGGGGAAGUUACAUUCAAGUCUCUCUUGUUUGUCCCAGAAGUUCAGCCAUCAGAAUCCUUUAACAAGUAUGGAACUCGCACUGAUAAUAUCAAGCUUUACGUUCGAAGAGUAUUUAUUACUGAUGAUUUCCAGGAUAUGAUGCCCAACUACUUGAGCUUUAUUCGUGGUGUGGUGGAUUCUGAUGACUUGCCUCUAAAUGUAUCUCGGGAAAACCUUCAACAACACAAGCUUUUGAAAGUCAUUAAGAAAAAAUUGGUGCGCAAGACUCUUGAUAUGAUCAAGAAAAUGGAACCUGAAGACUAUGAGAAGUUCUGGAAGGAAUACUCAACAAACAUUAAGUUAGGAGCAAUUGAAGACUCUGCAAACCGCACGCGUCUUGCCAAACUUCUACGCUUUCUGUCAUCGGCAAGCAAAGACAAACUAACCUCCUUGUCAGACUAUGUUGAACGAAUGAAGGAAAAACAAGAGCACAUAUAUUACAUGGCUGGUGCUUCAAGAGCUGAGGUGGAAAAUUCACCAUUUGUUGAGCGUCUCAUCAAGAAGGGGUAUGAGGUGAUGUACCUAACAGAAGCCAUUGAUGAGUAUGCUAUAAAUGCCAUACCCGAGUUUGAGGGGAAGAAGUUCCAGAAUGUGGCAAAAGAAGGCUUGACAAUUGAUGAGGGUGAAGGAGCGAAGGAGCGUAUGGAAGAGCUCAAGAAGCUUUUUGAGCCUCUAACAAAGUGGCUGAGUGAAGAAGCCCUGAAGGAUGAGAUUGUGAAAGCAGAAGUUGGAGAAAGGCUGUCGGAGUCACCAUGUGCACUAGUUUCAUCUAGAUUUGGCUGGACAGCAAAUAUGCAACGUAUAGUGACCUCUCAGACACACUCCAAGAGCAAUGAUGUACAGAGGGAUUAUUACCUUAGCCAGAAGAAAACACUGGAGUUAAAUCCUCGUCACCCACUGAUUAAGGAACUAUUAAAACGUGUAGAAGAUGAUCCAACAGAUGAGUCUGCAAAGAACAUUGCUGUUAUGAUGUACCAUACAGCUACACUAAGAUCUGGAUAUAUGCUGAAGGAUACAGUUGACUUCUCAAAAUCUGUGGAAGAGAUGAUGCGCCAGACACUGGGUAUUCCUCUGGAUGAACCUGUAGAGGAAGAGCCAGAGUUGGAGGAAGAGGAGGCAGAUGAGGAUGAAGAGCAGUUGCUAGAGGAGGAGGAUGAUGAUGAAGAUGAUGCUGGGGAAGUAGAAGAAAUGCAUGAUGAACUCUGAAUGGAACUAUAAUAGGAAUGGACAUUGGUACAAAUCAAGACAUUGAUGGUGUAACUGAAAAUGUGGUGACAAGUUAGGUACAUGUUUGGAAUAACCCUGUAGUUGAGGGAAAUUAUUCUGAACUAAGUGCCAUGAUAAAAUUUCCAGUCCCAGAGCAUUCAGUUGGUGAAUUAGAAUUUGAAUAGAAGUUUCACUGAUCAUAUAAGCUCACUUGGUUCAAGAUAUGUAACCAUUUUAGAUUCCAUGGCAGAUUAGUUGAAUAAAUUUAUAGGCACAAUUUAUUACACUUUUGCAGUUGUGGAGUACACUAUGCUGCACAGUUUCUAGUAUUUGCUCCAAAAAUUCCGGUAAAGCUAUUAAACUUAAGUUAAUGAAGUUGCGUAUUCUGAAACCAGUGACCAAUCAUUUUCAUGAAUGAGUUGUCAGCUAUUAAAUGGGUAUUACAUUCCUCUCCUAUGUGGGAUUGUGGUUUGUUGUGUGAAAGUGUAGCCAUAAUCAUUUUGAUAUUAAAACCAAUAUAACAAUGA